AUGAUAAAUACUCAUUUGCAUUCCAGUUGUCUGUGUUUACAUGAAGAAGAAAUUGUGCACCGUGAUUUGCAUUCUGGCAAUAUAUUAAUUCGUCACGGCAUGAUUAAACUUGCCGAUUUUGAAUUGGUAACUAAUCAGACAAGGGUCUUUGACGUAAUUCCUUAUAUUGAUCCAAAAAGAUUUAGUGGACAACGAGGAAAUGACACGGUCGUCCUCCUUCCUUUUUAUGCUGAAGUUGAAGAUUACGACAUUUAUCUAGCUAUAUAUAUUGCACAAAGAAAAAGAGAAAGCAUUAUUCCUG